AUGCCCGAAAUCGCCCGUGUUCAAGGGUUUGGCAUGUCGUGCCGGAGCCGGAGGUACAAGUGCCCCGGACCGCAUGUAUCACGGUUGCGGACGACAAGCGGCCUACCUCCAGGUUGCCUCGAGCAAGCAGGGUACUGUGUACGUGAAGGUUACAUUUCGCGGUACCCACACGUCGCCUCCUCGCGCCCUGCUCCCGGUUCCAUUCUCGAAGCCAGCGAAGCCAGCGAUUCAGGGAUGUCCCAGAUCGUCUACUUCUGGAUGAUGCGCAAUGAGGCCAACGGCGUGGAUGAAGGAAACAACAACGUCAUCAAUACAAGCACACUGAUAGGGCAGGGUGCAAUUUCAAGCCGGGACACCGGGACGACUGUGUCCGUCACGCCGGCUCGUGCCUCAGACUGGGAACCGUCCUGCGUGGUCCACCACGUUCCCGUCACCCUUUUGAUGUACAUGACUUGCCGCUGCUUUCACCCGCGGGCGCCAGCAACCCGCAUUGCCGAGGUGUUCUGGUCUUCGGUCCGCCGGUUGGCCGGGGCCCAGGACGGCGCAGUUCUCGAAAGAUUCAUGGCACCUUUUGCAGCCGCCGGUGCUCCAACGCUGUGGAAGGUCCGAAACCUUUCUGCACACUAUCUCGGCAGGGCGGUACACAACGUGGAGAGUCAAACGUGCAUAUUCUGGCGCCGGCCGUCGGCAGCCGGCGCCGGGGCAGACUCAGGCAGUGUCUGCUAG